CGCGUUCAAUUGGCGCCGCCAAAAUUUCGGUUUCAUGAGGAUCGUGAACAUCAAGGUAUCCGGCGAGAGCCAGCUGUCGUUGGGUCAGGUCAGUACAUGCAUUCCGUUAGCGGGCGAUUGCUUUCCGUCCCUAACACGUUUUUUCGCAGAAUGCCUCCUCCAAGAUUACGAUGCGCCGGCGUUCGCUGCCCAAGCGCGGCGACUAGCCUCACCAGGACCGCGAGUCCGUCCGCGGCACUCAUCCUCUCCUCGACACUGGCAUCCGGAGCGUCGGCAAGACAGUACGCGACAGCGGCCGCCGCUUCAAAGUCAUCAAGGUUUCAGCUGCCGCCCGACUACGUUCCUCCGACCAAACCCCCUACAGCCCGCCCGUCCGACACACGCAAAGCUCAGCUCUUGCGAACCUACACCUCCCUCCUCCGAUCCACGCCCCUGCUCCUCCUUUUCCAACACAACAACCUCACUGCGGUAGAAUGGGCUGCUGUCAGGCGGGAGUUAAGGGCUGCUCUCGCCAACGUCUCCACCCCCGGCACCGAGUCGGCCGACAUCGCGUCCCAUACGCAGCUGCAGGUCAUCCGCACCCGCAUUUUUGACGUCGCCCUCAAGAUUGUCGAAUUCCACGAUCCCUCCAAAGUUGCUCCGACGACUGUAUCGGCGCUGAAUGGGGAGAAAAUCAAAGUGGUGUAUAACCACGACUUGUCCAAGGCAGCCGACGAGGCGGUCAAGGCUGCAACCAAGGGCGACGCGCCACUACCUGAGUCGUCCGUGUACGCUCAGCUUUCGCCCCUGCUUGUUGGGCCGCUGGCAACGCUCAGUUUCCCGGCUGUGUCGCCGGCGCACCUAGCCGCUGCGCUGAGCGUGCUUUGCCCGAGCCCACCGGCGUUCCCGCCACCGAGCAAGAAGAAGAGCCCUGGGUACUACGACCCCAUCGCUCAGAGCGGGCUCCAAAAACUCCUGCUGGUUGGUGGGCGGAUCGAGGAUAAGGUGUUUGACUUUGACGGAGUCAAGUGGGUUGCUGGAAUCGAGGGUGGCUUGGACACCCUGCGUGCACAGCUCGUCCACAUGCUCCAGACCGCUGGGCUCGGCCUCACGAGCGCGCUCGAGGGUGCGGGCAAGAGUCUCUGGCUCACGCUGGAGAGCCGUCGGAGCGUUUUGGAAGAGGAGCAGAACGGUGGGAAGAAAGAAGGCGAGAAGGAGGGAAGUUCAUGAGGAAGGGUCCUUGACCUGUCGAACACGCCGCAUACAGCGUGGUAUUCGACGGACGUCGCAUUUGCCGGAGUUGCGAUAUGCAGGUUUGUAGAUUAUGUAUGUUGUAUCGAAUAUAAAUGUACAAGUUCAGUCAAGAUCGCAAACAACCUGGAAGGCAGUAAGAUGUUCAGGCAUGGGUGGUUGAGUGUAUGAAGUACAGUGCACAUGCAUGUCGGCAAACAGUGGGUGGACAAGCCCCGCAAGGGAAGUCCCGUUCAUGCAGCUACCCCCCAGCUCGCGGCUAAACUUGGUGCCC